AGUCCCAGCCCGAACAGCCUGCAGUAAAAGAGGAGCGCGCCUUCUCAGCAGGUGUCUCUACGUUACUGGCCAGGGCUGCAUCCCCGGAGCCACCGCGCUGGAUAUCGGCUAGAAGACUCUUGCAGUCCCAGCUGGAGCUUGGUAGGGGGUAGGUCACGUGCCCAGGAGAAGGGCUGGAGGUGGGAUCUGCCGAGCGACUUCUGCUCCUUCCCCCGAGUCCCAGCAGCUGGCAUUGACCGCAGUCGUCACAGCAAUGGGGUGUUCCAGCAGCACCCAGACCCAGUCCCAGGAGAGCAGCAGGCCAGUGACCAAGACCGGUGUUACCAACGGACUGAAGCAAAGCGCUUCAGAUGGAAACUCUUCAAUCCCAUAUGAAAAUGAAAUUUGCCUUGACAAGACAAAACAGCGUGCAGUAGAAGCAAAAGUUGAUGCUCAUAACAAGACAGGACCAACCAAUAACCUUCUAGCAGGGGAGCCCAGGGUUGUGAAGCCAUUAGCAAUUGUUGUUGCUAGUCCCGCCUGUGAAGAGGGAUACUCUGGGAAGACAGGGUCUCCAGGCUCUGGGGAAAGAGCUCAAACAGAAUAUCCGAAAUCAAUAGACAAAACUAUGAAUCCAGGGGCAUCUGAGGAGUCUGUGCCACCCAUAUCUGCUAGAAAAAAUGAACUUCCAGGAACAGAUGAAAAGGAUGACAGAGCAAAAAGUGCUCAGCCUACAGGAAAAUUUGUCGAGAUUGAAAUAUUUGGAACUAUAAAUGACAUUAAGCCACUGAAAACAGCUAGUGAAGUAGAACCCACAGAAACAGGAGAACAUAACGAGCAUCUAGGAAUGGCUGAAAAGGCUGAUCCCCAAAGAACAGUGAAGGAAAAUAAGCACCUGGGAACAUCUGAAGAGACUGAACCUCAAGAAAGAGUGGAAGAUAUUCAGCAUGUAGAUAGUGAUAGAAAGACAAGAAUGUUGGAGGAAAAUGAUUAUGUGGGCACAGCUGGAGAGACUGAAACUUCAGGAACAUUGGAAGAGACUGAGCAUGAGGGAAGAGCUGGAGAGACCAAAAGUGCAGGAACACAUGAAGAAACUGAGCAUGAGGAAGUAAUGGGAAAGACUGAAUCUUCAGGAACACACGAAGAGUCUGAGCAUGAGGGAAGAGCUGGAGAGACCAAAACUUCGGGAACAAUGGAAGAGAAUGAGCAUGAGGGAGGAGCUGGAAAAACAAAAACUCCAGGAACACAUGAAGAGUCUGAGCAUGAGGGAAGAGCUGGAGAGACCAAAACUUCAGGAAUGGUGGAAGAGACUGAGCAUGAGGGAAGAGCUGGAGAGACCAAAAGUGCAGGAACACAUGAAGAAACUGAGCAUGAGGGAACAGUUGGGAAGACUAAAACUUCAGAAACACAUGAAGAGUCUGAGCAUGAGGGAACAGUUGGGAAGACUAAAACUUCAGGGACGAUGGAAGAGACUGAGCAUAAGGGAACAGCUGGAGAGACUGAACCUUCAGAAACAAUGGAAAAGAUGACUCUGGUAACAGGUGAAAAGAACAAUCUUCAGCCAACAGUUGAAGAUAAUGAAUUCCCAGAAAUACUGGGGGAGAUUCAGCCUCUUGGAGCUCCUGGAAAGAAUGACUACUCCAGAAUGGCCAGAGGCACAGAACCUUCUGAAAGAGUGAAGAUUCAGUUGGUAGAAACAGUUGGAGGAACUAAACCUCCCAUAAUAGCUGAAGGGACACAGGAAAACAUGAAGCCAUUGAUGGAAGUAGCCAGGGAAAUUAACAUGAAUGAAGAGAACCAAGCAAUUGAAGGUGAGACUGGAGAAAGGGUGGAAACUGAGACGCACAGUGAGAUAGUAAGUGAGGGGUCUGAAACAAAAGAAGAAGAAACGGGAGAAGCUGUGGAUACUACAGCAGCCACAGAGAUAGAGUUAACAAAUAGCAAGAAAUAAGAUCCAGAUGCUGCCCAUGCAGAUUCUACUCUCUUCAUCUUGUUCAGCUGUUUAAGUGAACGUCAUUUUACAGUCUUUUGACUUCUGGGGGUGGGGGUGGGGAAUAUAACAUCGGGAAUUUAUAAGCUUUUAUAAAUGUUAAAAAAAAUUGCCACAAACAAGUCACUUUUCAAGAAUUCUUCAAAAGUUGCCAAGAGAAUUUGACAAAUAGUUGCAUAUGUACAUUUUCACUUAUCUGCCAUAGAGUGCCUUGUGUAUGUUAAUAUCCAAUUAGAAUUAUGUUUUUGAAACAUUUUUGUCUGGAAUGUAAAUAUAUUUUGUACCCUUUCAAAUUUGAGUUAGACUCUUCUAAAUUGAUUUUUUACAUUAAAAUAAUAACUACUAAAACCUACUGUUUAAGUAUUUAAUCCACAGGUAUACAAGAUGAUCAAAGACAUUGUCUUAUUUUUUUCUUAUUUAAACAGAUUAGUACUAGCUUAUGAUCCACAUUUUAAAAUGCUAAUCUUAGAUGAUAAGAAGUUACCAGCUACCCUUUCAGAAAAGGAAACAUAGAAUAUGAUUUUCAAUUUGUAUACUUUUUGCAGCUUUAAAAACAAUUUUUUAAAUCAACAUCAUGAUAGAAUCCCCCAUCUAUCCAUAGCAACCUAUUUAGAAAUGCAAUUUUUAAAAAUGACUGUGUAGAAUAGUAACAGUAAAAUCGAAGAAAAUCUUUUUUUAAUGUCAAGACUGUUGAAAUUAUGCCAUAGCUUAUUAACAAAAUGCAUUUUUGUAACUUUAAAAUUUAAUAUUUUGGAACAAAUGACUGUAUUUCUUUAUUAAAAUUAUCAAUGGUAUGAGUUUUAAAAA